AAUUUGUCCAGUAGAUAUAAUUAGAUAUUUUGCUAACAGAGUUGACUCCGAAUAGUUAGCUGUAAAUUUUAAACAGACUGCUACAUCACAAGCAGCCGUGCUCAGGCACGUUAUCGCGAGAUUGUCUUCUCAUCCCACCACAGGUGCCCACCUGCUAGCAAGAGAUACCCCAUUUGUUUUUUGCAGUUAAAGAUUGAUUCACUCUUUAAUGUUUAGUCAUUUAAGAUUUUUAUCACCCUACCUUUCCAAUCGGCACAUUAAUAUUUCUUUUUUUCCAUCUACUUCUCUGACAUUUACACAUUUAGCGUCAGUGUUAGCCGAAAUACGCUAGCUUUACGCUUCGUUGGGUCUUUGUUUACAUCUUGUUCCGAGGGAACGUGAGUAGAGCAGAACAAUAACUCACGUUUUGUGAACGAKUUUUCAUUUAAAUUCGCUAGAAAUCAACCAUUUAUGCUCUUAAUACAGUUCGCCUCAAGUAGCACCGCGUUAGCAUCCCGAAUAUGACAGGUUAGCUUAGCGUGAUCAGUUUUAGAGCGAUGAUAUUGAUAGGUGGCUGCUGAAAACUUGUCAGAAAUGUAGCAUCGCAGCAGGGUUUAAAAAUCAAUUGACUUCCUCUGGAGCCCCGUUGCAACGACAACAGUGAGACUUUGAUGCUGUUUUAAACAAACAAAGGAACAUGGAAUCUGUCAGGAGUGCUUUCCACGCUCAGCUGGCCACCGUCAUGGACUCUCUGCUGGCUGCAGCUGUCUGCGAGAUCGCCAAGAUCUUCGAGAGCAGCCUGUGCGAUCAGCAGGCGGAGCUGGUGCAGAAAACCGAGGAGAUCUCCGUCCUCCGGUGCGAGCUGGAGAAACGGGAGCGGAGGCUGAAGGGCGCAGGCAGCGAGGAGGGACGUGUGUCGCCAGGAGGCAGGGAAGGCAACACGAGGCAACAGACAGGAACAGCAGGACCAAAUGUGGGAAAGAAUGAACCUACUGACCCGGRCUCGGAGGAAGUACUGAGCAUGCUGAAACAGGAGGUUCUGGGGCAGGAUGGAGCUCCUGUAAAACAUGAGCAUUCUGGAUCUGUGUCUGUCACAAUCCAAGCCACAGAUGAAAACCUUACCACCGGAGACGACAGGCAGAAUGAUGGUCCUUCUGCUACACAAACUAAGACCAAAAUAUCUAAUUGGAAUCAAAGCAGUCACAGUGCAGACUCUCGCUCCCUCCAAGAUCAAGCCUCCGCUCCUUUUGUCUCCAUCUCUCAAAGCGGGCGUUGUUCUCCUCGGACUGAUCCAAACCAACAUCAGCCAGGAGAGUGGUUACCGGGACUGGACACCGCUCGAGGUAACGUGCCGGGUCUAGAGAACCUGCAGGCUGAUGGUACGGACCGCUCUGCUCCAGCUGGCAGCGGCACUGGCGUCGACCCUUCAUGCUUCCCGCCUGGUUACGGCGCAGACAAAACCAGCGACGAUGGUGACGAUCGCUCGUUCUCUUUCCUGAACCAGGAGUCUGAGAACCGGGACGCAGAGCCGAGUCAGGGCAUGGGGCCGAGGGGYGCUCGUCCAGACCACCCCCAAGCCUCGUCAGGUGAAACUGCGUGGCCAACGAGAGUCGACAGGGUUGUGAGAAGUCCCAACCAUCACGCGCGGCGGAUUACRAACUUUGUCAGCAGAGACCCUCUGCGACCUCAGUUGACCUCCCCGUCGCUCGCCGUGCGGCAGUUAAACACUCUCCUCCCSCCUCCGGCUCCCGGCGGAGGCAACGCACGCCCUUACUCCUGCCCGUACUGCUCCAAGUGUUUCACCUACCCCUCSCACCAGCGCAGGCACCUUUUGCGGCACACGGGGGUCCGGCUGCAUCCCUGUCAGUUUUGCGACAAGAGCUUCCUCACGCCGUCGGAGCUGACCGUGCACACUCGCACGCACACCGGGGAGAGGCCGUUCGGCUGCGCUCAGUGUGGCAAGCGCUUCGCUCGCAGCGGCAACUUAAGGGCCCACCAACGGGAUGUUCACAUGGGGAAGAGGCCCUUCGUUUGCGCCGAGUGUGGGAAGAGAUUUGCCCACAGGGGGAACCUGAGGGUCCACAACCACAGAGUGCACCAAGGAGAUCCCUACUACAUCGACGAUCAGCCCGAGCCUGAUAUAGGCCCAAACGCUAUUUAAAUUAAAAAAAUUUCGGGCAGAACAAAUCUAGGAAAAGAAACUAAUUUCAGCACACUUAAAGCAUUUUGUUMGUUUUUAAAUCGAUGACAGGCAGCCAUGGAAAUAUAACCACAAUCCAAGUUUUACAUUCAGUGAUGUAAUUUUACUUAUACUGACUUUAUUUCCCAGUUCUGAGUGAUUGUUGAGUUUUAGUUCACUCUUUAAAAGGCUUGAUAUGGAUAUGCAAAAAAAAGUCAUUACGUUAUCUUCCAUUUGUUGUGUUUUCAGUCAGACAUGCUCUCAGUCAGUGCAUUUUUAUGAUUUAAAUCCACAGAAUAACAAAGUUUUAUGAAGAAUGCUGUUAGAUUUCUUUGUGUACAGUUUUGAGACAACAAGGAGUCGUCACUCUUGGAGGAUGCUCGUUCAGCUGUUUUAUUUUGCAGAAAUAAUAAAAAAUAAUCACAUAUCAAAUA